CUCGUACUCUUGCAAGAAUGAAAACGAUGAACAUAAGCUAUUUUGUUUUUCUGAGAAGCUGUCAGGAUCCUCCUUGGAUGUGAAUUCCGUUCCAGAUAUCACGAUCGAGUUUUCGGUGGCUUUCGUUGACAACUAGACGAGGUUUUUGAGUCACGAUUUUCUUCAAAACUUGCCAGGAGUGAUUUUGUAAUACGUUUGUCACCUUUGGUAGUACUACCAUGAUGGAAGAAAGGGAUCAUCUUCUUGAUGUCGAUGGAGGAUGGCUGAGUAGGUGAGUACAUGAGGAUCAGGCUGUUCUCCCUAUUUCGUUUUCUUCACCUGACUAAAACAACUGAAGUUCUUUGUACGGACACAACUACGUGCUUCCAACACCUAGCGACAUGAACAUCUUUAUCUAUGAUCUAAUAUCAUUCAAAGGAGGAAGCAGGAGGAAGACAUCAUGAGAUUGUUGAGCAGGAGGACCUAGCGACAUCAACAUCUUCAUCUAUCUAAUGUCAUUCAAAUUUACGACGAGCGUGCAAGAUCAUCGUCGUUCAAGAGUAAGAAAAAAAUGCAGGAAGUACCUCCAGGUGAUCCCGAAGAUGUCUUGUCCUUGGACGAACAGGUUGAAAUCCUCGCAUCCAUGUAUCCCGAGAGAAAUCUCGAAGGUGCGGGUGACGUGUGGAGAAUCGAUCUUUUCCCCAAUGUUGGUGGCGACGCUAGGAAAGAGUUCAUGUUCUGCACAGUGGAAUAUGACAGAAGUAGAAGACAUUGUCAGAAGAGUCUUGAGCAGGAGGAAGUGGAGCAGCUUCUGGUAAAGGAGGUUCAAGAACACGAGGAGGUGGCAGUCGUGAAGGAGCAACCGGUCGCAAAACAGAAAGAUGGAGGAGAGUCGCAUGGCUUACAAGAUACAACAUCUUCAACUCAGGCGGAAGGAAGCAGUAAUGGUACUGGAAGUCAUGGUAAAGGCAAGAAAGGACGGUCGAAAGGAAAACGGAAAGGAAAACAUGCUUCUGCAGAAGACGUAUCCGCAGAAACACAAUUGCAGGAGCGGCCGCACGAACAGCCUCGUCGUGGAGACGACCAGACAAGCGACAUAGCGGUAGAUGAAGCUUCCUCGAGUAGCGCGAAAGGUAACAAGAAAGGCAAGGGACGCGGAAAAAAAGGCGAAGGAAAAAAGGGUGGCGAACGCGAGGAAGGGAAAAAAGGCGGCGGAAAGCAUAGCAAGGGACGCAAGAAGGGCAAGGCGGGUGUUGACGAAGUCGAAGUUUAUGUAGAGCCUCAAGAGGUCGUGCAGAAGCAGCAGCACCAGCAGCAGGAGUCUCCUAAAUCAAGUGCUCAAAAUCAUCAUAUCAAGUGGCGUGUGAAAGAACCGACAGGUGGAAAAAAUAAACCAGAUGAAGGUCCUGCGAGAUCUCCAACGACUACGACAUUCUCUCCCGCAUCCCGACUGAAGACCGGAAAUCAUCAACAUGUCGUACUCAGACCCAGGACCACUCCGCAACUGCGUCCUCCUUCCUGUUGGCGCGUUGUCAAAAGCGCCAAUUUGGGUGAGCACGAACUGAAAAAGCUACUUGACCGAUUGGACAACCUAAACCUUGAUCUUGAAGAAGCAGGACAAGGCCACGUUUCUCCAACAGCAGCAUCAACAGCAGGAGGCGUCGUCUCAAAUAUGCCUUUCGUGGACGGCGUAACGUCAGGGAUAGACUUUUUAACAGAAUUGAACGAACAGCUGGGUGGAGACUGCCCUGUAUGCAGUUUUCCUCUAGAUGGCCCGGAUGUCUACGGAGAUACCGGUCCGCUCUACAGACCGAUCGCGUGCUUUCAUGCGGUACUACACCAUAACUUUGUUUGCUGCAAAUUUUGGUCUUGUUCACUUUUGCUUUCAUGAUAAGGUUACGGUACUAGCAAGCUACUGAAUUUCUUUGUUAUUACUUUUACUUAGUUAAACGUAGGGUUAUUUGGAACAAUGAAUUUGAACUGACUUCUGUCCUAACUUUUUUACUCGCGGCAUCUGUUUCUGAUCUCCUUCUUCACCUCUACAGAUGCACCGUUCUUGUGUGAUUGGGUAUUGGAAGGCCGCAGAAGGCGAACGUUUUUGUCCCGUGUGUCGCAAGGCAGCUACCCACGAAGACCUUCUAGAACUACACGUGGAAAUAGAACAAGAAGAUGGCCGCGAUGGCUCAUCUUCAAGAAAUCAGCAUCCACGAGGACCUCAAAAUGAGUCAGCAUCGUCUAGCACCACAGGAGCUUUUAACAACACCGACAAUUAUUACAAUGAAACAUCUGGUGGGUCCUCCUCUUCCUCCUCUUCGUUACGUUUUCAAGUGAGCACUGACGCGGGCUUUAAGCCCGCUUUCGAGCGGUUUCGCGAUGGGUUCGGAAAGGAACUGUCAGAUUCCCAGUAUUACAGGCCAAAAAAUGGCGCAGCGUAUGCGAUAUUCACCUUUCGCAGUCAAGACAAGGCGUUGCGAGCUAUGCUGAACUUACGGAAUAGGGCUGUUCCUUUAGGGGACAUCCAAGAGUCGACGAUCCAAGAUUCUCCAAGAGACGAAGACCCACCGACUAAAAAAGACGAAAAACCAACAUGGAAAAUCAGUUACUAUUUUCCACCGAUUUCAUAGCACUCAGUGCGCUCCAAACCUGACUUCAUAGCAUGACUCACCAAACAUUUUCACUACCAUUUGAGCCACAAUUUACCCAACAAUCCAUUUUCGCGGCAACUAUAUCGCGAUCGCAGUGUCCGAU